AUGGGGGACAACCAAUCAUGGGUCACAGAAUUCAUCCUGGUUGGAUUCCAGCUCAGUGUGGAGAUGGAAGUGCUCCUUUUCUGGAUCUUCUCCCUGUUAUACAUCUUCAGCCUGCUGGCGAAUGGCAUGGUCUUGGGGCUCAUCUGUCUGGAUCCCAGACUGCGCACCCCCAUGUACUUCUUCCUCUCACACUUGGCCGUUAUUGACAUAUCCUAUGCUUCCAGCAAUUUGCUCAACAUGCUGGAAAACCUAAUGGCUUUGUAUUUGACUUUUGCUGCUGCAGAGUGCAUGAUUUUGGUGGUGAUGUCCUAUGACAGAUUUGUGGCUAUCUGCUAUCCCCUGCAUUACACUGUCAUCAUGAACUGGAGAGUGUGCACAGUCCUGGCUAUUACUUCCUGGGCAUGCGGAUUUUCCCUGGCCCUCAUAAAUCUAAUUCUCCUUCUAAAGCUGCCCUUCUGUGGGCCCCAGGAGGUGAACCACUUCUUCUGUGAAAUUCUAUCUGUCCUCAAACUGGCCUGUGCAGACACCUGGAUUAAUGAAAUUUUUGUCUUUGCUGGUGGUGUGUUUGUCUUAGUCGGGCCCCUUUCCUUGAUGCUGAUCUCCUACACGCACAUCCUCUUGGCCAUCCUGAAGAUCCAGUCAAAGGAGGGCCGCAAAAAAGCUUUUUCCACCUGCUCCUCCCACCUCUGUGUGGUUGGGUUCUACUUUGGCAUAGCCAUGGUUGUUUACCUGGUCCCAGACAACAGUCAACGACAGGAGCAGCAGAAAAUCCUCACCCUGUUUUACAGCCUUUUCAAUCCAUUGCUGAACCCCCUCAUCUACAGCCUGCGGAAUGAUCAGGUGAAGGGUGCCUUCUACAGACCACUGCAGAAAAAGAGGAUCGUGUGA